CGGCGCGCGAGGCGCGGCGCCGCGGGACCAGGACCUCCCAUCCUGCACGAGACGCAGCAGCGAGACAUCCGCAGACAGCAGGCCGCCUCCAGCUCCGCUCCCCUCCAGCUCCAGCUCUACUCCAGCUCCGCUCUCUCCGGUUCUCUCCGGUUCUCUCCGGUUCUCUCUGGCUCGGGAACAGCAUGGGGAACGUGCAGCCCACCGUCGUCCCCUUCCAGGAUUUUGAUGUGACGGCUGAUAUCAAGGCCAUUCGAAAAGCCUGUAAAGGUUUAGGCACAGACGAAGACGCCAUCAUCCAGAUCCUGGCCAACCGCUCCGCCGCCCAGCGCCUGGAGAUCAAGCAGGCCUACUUCGAGAAGUAUGACGACGAGCUGGAGGAGGUCCUGCGGAAGGAGCUGACCGGUAGUUUUGAGAAGGCCGUCAUUGCCAUGCUGGACCCUCCUCCCAUCUUCUUUGCCAAGGAGCUGAGGAAGGCCAUGAAGGGGGCGGGGACCGACGAGGCCGUGCUGGUGGAGAUCCUGUGCACGGCUACUAAUGCGGACAUCGCCAGCUACAAGGAGGCCUACGCUCAGGUGCACGAGCGCGACCUGGAGGCCGACAUCGAGGACGACACCAGCGGGGACGUGAGGAACCUGCUCGUGUCCCUGCUGCAGGCCAGCCGGGACGAAGGCUUCGAGGUGGACGAGGGUUUAGCCGAACAGGACGCUGCGUCUCUGUUUGAGGCGGGAGAGGGCAGGUUUGGCACCGAUGAAUCCACCUUCACCUUCAUCCUGGCCCACAGGAACUACCUGCAGCUCCAGGCCACCUUUAAGGCCUACGAGUCGCUCUCAGGGACAGACAUUUUGGACACUAUUGACAACGAAGCCACAGGAACUCUGAAAGAAUGCUACGUGACUCUGGUGAGAUGUGCGAAGAACCCGCAGCUGUAUUUUGCCCGUCGCCUCAAUGCCGCCAUGAAGGGACUCGGCACCGACGAGGAAACCCUCAUUCGCAUCAUCGUGACCCGCUCGGAGCUGGACCUGGAGACGGUGAAGGACAUGUAUCUGGAGAAAUACGACGUCACCCUGAAGGACGCCCUGGACUCCGAAUGCGGCGGAGACUUCAAACGCCUCCUCAUUGCCAUCCUGCACUGAGGGCCUCCACGCCGCCCCCUGCUGGCCGUGGUGAAUCAUGGAGCAGCGUGACACAACCCCCCUCUCUCUCGCUCUCUCUCCUCUCUCACUGUGAGCGACUCAAGGACCAAAACCAUCAUCUCACUGAGAUCCAGCUUUCCUGUUUGACAUGUGGUGAAUUUACAUUUCUAGUCUUUGAAGAAACACUACAGCUUUAAUGAUUCAGAGAGAAGGUUCCGUCAUUAAGACAGCUUCACUCAGUGUGUGGACCUGAUGUUCAUUAAUAUCCACAUCUAUAACCUCCCUGCACUAAUAUCAGCUUCACAGUAUUUAGUGUUUUUAUGAAGCAGCAUCCUGAAGAGCUGCACCCUUGAAGGUGCUGCUGCUUCUCACCAGCUGCCACCGUAUCUUUCUCUCAUCCAUCGUCCACUAUUCUUUAUUCGCGCAUUAUGUUUUGCACUAUUUGCCUCAGAGAUGCCUUUUCUUAAGAGUAUAGUGAUGCAAUCUGCUUUCUGCUGCUACACAACACUUAAGUGCCAGAUUCUCGCAUUUAAGGUCUGAAAUUAGUAAAAAAUAGUCUUUCUCAAUUCACAUUACAAAAACAUGAAGGAUAGAAACGUUGUCGCUCACACACUGCUGGCUUGUUUUGUAGUCUUGUCCCUGAACGCUUGUGGGAUUUUUUAACUCUACGUCGUCUUGUUGCCAGUCACAGCCUACAAAGCUGCCUUUUCUCACAUUUAUACACAUUGUUACACCCCCUGUUUUUAUUAAGUAAAUGAAUUUACAG